AUGGCCGGCGCCCUGCAAAACCUCGCCGUCAACAUCUUCUUCAAAAGCCCCCCCCAGCCCGCCAAAACCGACGCCGACGCCGACGCCCCUCCCGCCUACAACGGCCUCGUCUACACGCCCCCCUCGCCGCACACCCUCGCACCCCCCAAACCGCCCAAGCCACCGCACUCCAACGCCACCCUCCCCCGCCGCUUCCCAUGGCGCGACCUGGUCCUGCAGCUCUUCGCCCUGGGCGUCAGCGCCCUCGCACUCGGCAUGACGGCCUUCGUGGUGUGGGUCUUUGACAACAACCCAGCGCAGACGUUCCAUACAGACAUUGUGUCGGGCUGGUCCACGGCCAUCACGCUGAACGCGGUGCUGGCGUGGCUGGCCGCCGUGGCCAAGUUGAGCCUGAUGUGGCCGCUGGCCGAGUGUAUUGGGCAGAUGCGGUGGGUGCUGUUUGCGGAGCGGCCGAGGAAGCUGGCCGAUUUUGACAGCAUUGGGGGCGCGGGGAGGGAUGUGUUUGGGGCGGUGAGGUGGAUCUUCAAAUUCCGGAGGGGCCUCCUCGUCCACUUCGGCGCCGCCCUCAUUCUCCUCUCCCUCGGCCUCGACCCCGCCAUCCAACAGCUCACGACCUACGAGCUCCGCAGCGUCCCCGCCACUCCCGACAUCGCCGCCCGCCUCUCCGCCAACCCGUCCUACACGCCGACCCGCGGCUUCAGUCGCGGGCUGAUCCUCGCCACGCCGCGCGCCCUCCUCUGGGGCGCCAACUCCGCGGUCCUCGGCGACCCCGUCACCACCGCGCACUCCUGCCCGUCGGGCACCUGCACCUACCCGGACACAACCUCCGUCGGCGUGUGCAGCGCCUGCGAAGAAAUCACCGACCAGCUCACCCGCAACUGCACGGCGCUCACGGCGAGGAACAAGCUCUGCCAGGGCGCGACAUGCUUCACGAGCGGCCAGCUGUGCACAUACACCUACAACGCGACCUCCGCCGGCGGCGGGACGACGUUCCUGUCCAUCAAUGCCGAGGGCGGGAACUCCACCGUGUCCGGCAGCACGGUGACCAUCCCCGCCGACAGGAUCGUGAUGACGGCGCUGUACAUCCAGCCCGAUAACGCGACGGCCGCGACGACUCAGAACCUCCCGAUUGCGCCUGGGUAUGUGGCGGAGGGCGGGUCGCACAUGGCGCGGGGCUACACCUGCGCGCUCCGCUUCUGCGAGCAGGCGUACUCCGCGCAGGUCGUGAACGGGACGUUCAGUGAGACGCUGGUCAAUGCAUCUUCUGUCGACUCGUUCUCGCUGCCCGUUCCGCAGAUCAGCGAGAUCACCGACGAGCUCCUGAACCGGGCGCUCCCCCUCUCGGCGAGCGGCAAGACGAACGUCUCGAUUGCGGCGCUGUUCGCCAUGGGGACUGGCCUCGCUGUGAGUCUGAGCGGUAACGCAACCGUGUUGACGGCUGAGCCCGGGCCCGGCGAGGUGUCGGAGCUGCACCGCGGGCUGUAUAUUGACCUGCUGACGGCGGAUCUUGGGGAUGUGAUGGGCAAUGUGACGGCGAGCAUGAGUGCUGCGGUGAGGAACGAGGGGGCGGGCGUGGAGGGGGUGACGCUGGUGGUGGAGAGCUGGAUGGUGGCAAGGUGGGCGUGGUUUGCGUGGCCGGCGGGCGUGUGGGUGGGUGUCUUGGUGCUGCUGAUGGCGGUGGUGAGGGGGACGUGGGUGGGGAGGAGCGGGUGGAUGGGCGGGAGUGCGGUGGCGGGGAUGCUGGUGGGGUUGGAGGCGGGGGUGAGAGCGGAGGUGGAUGUGAUGGGUGGGGCUGUGAAGAGGGAUGAGGUGAGCGGCGGGCUGGGGGCGUGGAGGGAUAAGUGGAGUGUAAGGGGGGUAGCGGAGGAGCUAAAGGUAAGCACGGGGGUAGCGGAGGAGGGAGGCGUGAGGGUGGUGAGGUUUAGGAGGGGGGAGUAG